AAGCAGCUCCUGUCUCCUUCCACUCCCCUUCUCCCCUCCUUUCUGGCUGGAGCAGAGACUGUCAAUCAUAGGCAGAGACAAGGCAGACAAAGCUUCACUUGUAAAGGACCUCUUUCCAGCAUCUCCUCUCUUCUCCUUUGCCCAGACUACCCCAGUGAGCUGGAGCACUGAAGAAGAUUCUCUUGCCAAUAACACUGAAAAGAAAGAGGAAGGAGCAAAAGCCAUGAUGAAAUCUGUGGUACUUGUCACCCUCGGGCUAACUCUGCUGUUAGGAGCACAAGCCAUGCCUUCAAGUCGCCUCUCCUGCUACAGAAAGUUGCUAAAAGAUCGUAACUGCCACAACCUUCCGGAGGGCAGAGCCGACCUGAAGCUGACUGAUGCAAGUAUCCAGCAUCAUUUCUGGGAUGGGAAGGGAUGCGAGAUGAUCUGCUACUGCAAUUUCAGCGAGCUGCUCUGCUGCCCAAAAGAUGUCUUCUUUGGACCAAAGAUCUCCUUUGUGAUCCCCUGCAACAAUCACUAAGGAUCUGUAUCCAUUCUGGAGAACACGGUCCUGAAGUCCUUCACAGUCCCUAAUUUCCCACAAACUGUAUCAGUAUAGCAACCUUUCUGAUUUCUGUCCAGUGUAUCCAAUCCAGCAUAGAUUCUAUAAAGUCUUACUUGCUAGAGUAAACUUGGGCUAAUGUGGUAAUAAAAGUUGUUUCCACUU